UUUCCAACGUCUUGUGCAGCCUGCCCGCCCCGGGUCCCGCGAAUUCGACCUUUGCCCGGCCGUGGAGGAGAGCUGCCCUGACUGCUUCGCCAAUUCCACUUCUGGCGGUCCAGAGAGUCCGACUCCGAGUCCGGGACACCACACACGACAACACACCAUGAACGUGACAGCAUCGCUCUCCCGACGGCCUCUGGGCUGCCUCAAGGCCGGCCUAUGCCAGUCCCUCAUCCGGGGCUAUGCGACAGCCGUCGCUGCUUCCACCACCCAGUCUACCGGCGCCCUGCCCGAUCACAACUUUUUCAGGAUCGCCGAUAAGCACACCAAAAAGACCCGCACCGCUUUCGCCGUCUUCACACCCCCCAAGAGCCCGACGACCCUUCCUCCCUCGAGCGUAGUCACCAAGUCCAAAGCCUUCAAGAUCGCCAACUCGAAGCUGCCACCGCUCAUGACCAAGCCUCCCUCGGACCCGAUGCCGCUGUUGACCCAGCAGCAGAUCGCGCGCAUGGACCCGACCGGUGCGCGCACCGCCCUCUUCUCCAAGGCGCGCCACGCCGCCCGCGUCGGCGACGUGCUCAUGGUGACGCAUCGUCGCGGCGGCGAACCCUUUGCGGGCGUGUGUCUGGCCAUCCGCCGUUCGGGCAUCGACACGGCGAUCCUUCUCAGAAACCACCUCGGCAAGGUCGGCGUCGAGAUGUGGUACAAGAUCUACAACAAGAACGUGGCGGGCAUCGAGAUCAUCAAGAGGCGGGCCAAGCGCGCGAGACGCGCCAAGCUCAUGUACAUGCGCCAGCCCAAGCACGACAUGGGCAGUGUUGAGCAGUACGUGUUUGCCUGGAAGAAGAUGAGGAAGGUGUUGAGCAGUAAGGGCUUGACGGGUGGCGUUGGUGGUGGUGGCGGAAAGCAGAAGGGCCAGGAGUCCAAGAAGAAGAACUAAAUCUUUCCUGGGCCUGAAUGUGUGCGAUGAUGGAUUGAGUCAGUGAGGGAGGGGAUUGUUCACUGAGACUUGCGGGAUAUCCCUCCCCUUUUGGUUGAGGAAGCUACAGUGACCUCGAAGUGAGAGACAAGCCGGGAUCUGUGAGAAGAGGGGACAGACACCGCUGUGUAUACCAUGUACAUGUAUGAUAAAUCCCCGGGGCAAAAGAAUUUUAUGGGGUUUUUUUUUUACGGUCGACCGGUCUGGUUGAGUCCGGUGUGCGGCAGGGUUCGGAUACCAUAUGAAGAGAGGGUUCUCUUGUUACUUAGAAAAGGGGUGCCAAGGUCAUGGAGUUGGUCAGCGUCCAGCGCUGAGAUAUGGUGCACGCGCUGGUGUUCGAUGAACAUUGAAGCUCAAAAGGUAACUUGGCGAAAGAUUUCCUCUAACCGGGCACCUUUCUUUGGUAUUUUGUCUUUGUCGGGACUUUGUCUAAACUUCCUCUUUGUCUAAGUCUCUUAAACUUCCGCUUCACAAGACUCACCAAUUAUGUAUGACUGAAUAUGGCUCAAUCCCUCUUUUAAUCAAUAUACUUCGGUAACCCAAA